GUUUCGUGCAAAACGUGGAAGCGGCUGGUCAACCCAAGAAAAACACUAAAGAACAAAAACCACUUAAGCUAUAUUGGAAAAACUCGGUCUAGACUCUAGAGGAACUUUGGAAAAUAGCAAAAACAAAAAAUAUUCAAAUUACCCGAACGUUAGUUUUGAUUAAUUACGAUUAGUUGGAUGUGCUACUUGCAUUGUGCUGGCUAAACGGCGACUAACGAAAAACAAAAGAAAAACUGCAAGCUGUGUGCUGCAAAAACCGGAAAUUCUAGAUCUCUCGGAUCUCACGAUCCCAGCGUAUAAACAAAACAAACAAAACAAAGCGGCACUUAACCAAUAACAAAAAACAGCUUAGAAAAAACGUAAGAAAAACUAACGAAAAAAGUGACACAAAUAAAGCAAAGCGCGAUCGGUGUGUCCAGUCGAUCUGGUACCUAUAUAUAUAUAUAUAUACAGAUAUUACCUAUACCCCCCGAAUAUAUCUCUAUAUACCACCUAUAAGUCGCCCGCGAGAAAAACGCUGAGUGUUGAGUUUAUUUCUGUUUCUGUGUCGGCUUCAGCGGUUUUUCGCCGUUUUUUUCUGUUAUUAUUGCUGGCCAAAAACGCGAAGGAAAAUUCGACGGCUAGUCGGUUGGAAAAUCGUGCGCUCUUAAAGUAACAUAUUUAUUUUUAACAAUUUCGCAAGCGUUCAAAUUUUGCUCCAGCAAAAAAGAUUCUGAACUCACAAAACCAGACAAUCGCAACCAGAAGACCAACAACAAUAAAUAGAUCGACGGCGGCGUGAUCGUUAAGUAAAAGCAACAACAAAAAAAAAACCAAAACAGCGGCGGCAACGGCCGGCAAGUUGGCUCUUAAAAUUUAGUUUGGGAAAUCGGCAGGAGGACAAGGGGCGGCGACAGGAACACCGGCAAGGACAUUCGUGAAAGCGAAGGCGAGGAUUGCGAAAGAGAUGUCCACGGCGACUUGUGCCCGCUUCUGUACGCCUUUGACAUCCGGCACAGCAGGAUCCACAUCAAAAUUGACAACCGGAAACGGAAGCGGCAACACGAUGACGUCAUCGUACAAAAAGAAAAUCCCAUCAAACAGCAGCAGCACAACAACAGCAGCAACAGCAAAUGACAGCAGCAAUACAGAGACAACAUUCACAUUCAAAUUGGGCCGCUCGAAUGGUCGGAGCAGCAGCAACGUAGCCUCCAGUGAGUCAUCCGAUCCGCUGGAGUCCGAUUACAGUGAAGAGGAUCCAGACCAGGAGCAACAGAGGCCAGAUCCCUCGACCAAUAGCAGGAGCAGUAGUACCACCACCACUACCAGUUCCGCUGACCAUGACAAUGAUGUCGACGAGGAGGAUGAUGAGGACGAUGACGAUGAGGAGGAGGGUAAUGGACGAGAUGCCGAUGAUGCCACUCACGAUUCCAGCGAGUCCAUCGAAGAGGACGAUGGCAAUGAGACCGACGAUGAGGAAGAUGACGAUGAGUCCGAGGAGAGCAGCAGUGUCCAGACCGCAAAGGGAGUACGCAAAUACCAUUUGGACGACUAUCAGAUAAUCAAAACAGUGGGUACUGGAACCUUUGGUCGAGUGUGCUUAUGUCGCGAUCGCAUUUCGGAGAAGUACUGUGCCAUGAAGAUUUUGGCCAUGACCGAAGUCAUUCGUCUCAAACAGAUUGAACACGUUAAGAACGAGCGGAAUAUAUUGAGAGAAAUUCGACAUCCGUUUGUCAUCAGUCUGGAAUGGUCCACAAAGGACGAAUCAAAUCUGUAUAUGAUCUUCGAUUAUGUCUGCGGCGGAGAGCUGUUCACAUAUCUGCGAAAUGCAGGAAAAUUCACUAGUCAAACUUCCAACUUCUAUGCGGCUGAGAUCGUCAGUGCUUUGGAAUACCUACAUUCACUGCAGAUUGUCUAUCGGGACCUGAAGCCAGAGAAUCUGCUAAUCAAUCGGGAUGGCCAUUUGAAAAUAACAGAUUUUGGAUUUGCCAAGAAACUGAGAGAUCGCACUUGGACAUUAUGUGGAACGCCCGAGUAUAUAGCACCCGAGAUAAUCCAGUCCAAGGGGCAUAAUAAGGCUGUAGAUUGGUGGGCAUUGGGAGUUCUUAUCUACGAAAUGCUGGUGGGCUAUCCACCCUUCUACGAUGAACAGCCCUUCGGAAUCUAUGAGAAGAUAUUGAGCGGUAAAAUUGAGUGGGAGCGUCAUAUGGAUCCCAUUGCCAAAGACUUGAUCAAAAAGCUGCUGGUGAAUGAUAGAACCAAGCGACUGGGCAACAUGAAGAAUGGCGCCGAUGACGUGAAGAGGCAUCGCUGGUUCAAGCACUUGAAUUGGAAUGACGUCUACAGCAAGAAACUUAAGCCACCAAUUAUGCCUGAUGUACAUCAUGAUGGUGAUACCAAAAAUUUUGAUGAUUAUCCCGAGAAGGAUUGGAAGCCAGCCAAGGCAGUAGACCAAAGAGAUUUGCAGUACUUCAAUGAUUUCUAAAUAAGAGCCGAGAAAUUGUAGAUUGUUUUUAUUUUGUUUUCCGUUGAAAAUUGUUAUAAUUUGCGACAGCAAGAACAUUCAUUAUUUAUACUUGCAAUUAAGUGUUUAAAGUGCUGUGCUAAUGCAAUGAUAUGUAACGGUACAUAUAUCUAUCUAUACAUAAACUAUAUUAUAAUAUUACGACUAUACAUAAACAUACACCAACCCCCCCGUACAUAGUAAGACUAAGUUUAUACCCGUAAUGUUAUGUCUAGCAAGUGGCGUCUAUAAUUAUUUAUAUAAAUGUUCAAAUCGAGAGCAGUCCCCAUACACCUAUAUAAGUACAGCUAAAGUACGGUAAAGAAUAUAUUCAUAAAAAGCAACAAAAUAUUAACGUAAAACGUUGAAUAAAGUGAUACAAAUUGAAA